AUCUAUUCACAUUUGGCUCGUCGAUCGCAACGGACGCAAAGUUCGCACAAUCCAAUGGCACCAAAAGUUCCAUCCGUUCGGCUCAACAAUGGCCUGGAGAUGCCCGUUCUCGGGCUUGGUACAUACAUGGCCACCGAAGAGGAGGGUAUUGCUGCGGUGAAAAUGGCAAUUGAUGAGGGUUAUCGCCACAUGGAUACGGCUUUCUUCUAUCAAAACGAGAACCAGGUCGGACAGGCGGUUCGGGCGAAGAUUGCUGAGGGAGUGAUUAAGCGGGAAGAUAUGUUCAUCGUAACCAAGGUUUGGAACACCUACCAUGCUCCGGAACACGUCGAAAAAGCAUUCCAGCUGUCGCUAGAAAAUCUUGGCCUUGACUACAUUGACCUCUUUCUGGUCCAUUGGCCGAUGGGAUGGGAAUUUUCCGGUUGGACGUCAAAGGAUUUCUUACCGAUGAACGCCAACGGUAAAUCGGUUGAUUCCGAUGUUGAUUAUCUCGAUACGUGGAAAGCGAUGGAGAAGCUACUCAAAACGGGUAAGGUAAAGAGCAUCGGCGUGUCCAAUUUUAACAGUGAACAACUAACGCGCCUGUUGGCCAAUUGCGAAAUUAAACCGGUGACCAAUCAGGUCGAGUGCAAUCCGGGUAUCAACCAGCGUAAGUUGAUUGAAUUUUGUCGUAAGCAUGAUAUUGUAAUCACCGCCUACAGCCCCCUCGGAAGGCCAAAUAUGACCGAUCCGGUGGUUGGAAAAAAGAGCAUUCCCAAACACGCUCUGGACGAUCCACGCGUGAUGGCGAUUGCCAAAAAGUACGGUAAAAGCCCGGGACAGAUCGUACUAAGGUAUCUGGUCGAGCUCGGUACGAUUCCCAUACCGAAAUCGUCUCGUCUGGAACGCAUCCAGCAGAACAUUGACAUCUUUGACUUUAAACUGACCGCGGAGGAGAUAAAGAUAAUGGACGGGUUCAAUACCGGAGGCCGAACGGUACCAUUUGAGUUUAGCGACGAACACAAGUACUUCCCGUUCCAUCUGGAAUAUUAAGUGUCAAUAGGAAGUGCAUAUAAUUGAUAUUUGCGUUGAUAAUGCAACCUUCGUGCUACCAUCCGCCCUCGGCUCCCUUCAACAUGUGUUUGCAGUUCUAGCAGUAAUUAUUUGUAAACAAAUCUCGCACACCCUCUAUGUCAAGGUUAAACCAAUCAAGGUCAAUAUUAGCUGUAUCUUUCGAAGCGUUAGCAAAUAAAUGUAAUGGCA